UUCACAUGUUCCUGUCUUUCUGCUGAUGGUGCCAAUUUGAUGACUUCAUGACCUUCGACUGCAGCAUCAUCUACCCAACGAGUCAAGUACUAUUACGAGUAGACAACCUCGCCAGCUACUCCGAGCCACUGAAACGUUUAGUAAGAAAUUGAACUUGUGGUAAUCACUCCCCCAAGGAGGUCAGCACGACUUCAAGUACCACGACAUCCAGCCUUUGCAAUUACAAGCACACACGAAACCAAAUGCCAAAGCACAGCUGUCUGGGUGCCUGUUAACUUGUUAAGAGAACAUGGAAGCAAAUUUAGCGAGCUCAGCAAGCUCAGUCACAUCUCUCACAGUCCCACAAUCAACACCACGAAAAAGACCAGCCACGAAAUCAAACGCUGAGCUCGCCAAUGGCUGUCCGAACCCGACCACCACAUUCACCGACCACAAUAUUGAAAAGCCUCAACUCACAGCCCUUCAACAACAUGUUCUCUUCUGGGAUCGUGACAGUGAUGGCAUCAUCCACCCUAUGGACGUCUACACUGGUUUCCGAGAGCUAGGCUUCAGCAUCAUCUUCUCAAUUGGUUCCCUGCUCAUUCCCAUCUUCUUCUCCUACCCCACGACACUGGGACAUAGUUGGUUACCUGAUCCCUGGCUGCGUAUAUACGUUGGAAGCAUCCACAAAGCCAAACAUGGGUCUGACACCGGCGUUUUCGACCUUGAUGGCCACUUCCACCAAGACAGAUUUGACGGGAUGUUCGACCGUUGGGACGAGGACAGAUGUGCUGGGUUAUCGGCGGAUCAGAUGUGGCGUAUGUGGAAGAAGAAUCGAUGCGCCGCCGAUGUCGCUGGGUGGAGCUUUGCGUUCAUGGAGCUGUGGACGACGUGGUUGCUCCUCCAGAAGGACGGCCGUGUGUGGAAGGAUGAUCUCAAAGGUUGUUAUGAUGGGACAUUGUUCUGGAAGAUCAGCGAGGAGCAGAGUGGUGGAAUCGGUCAGAAUGGUUGGCAGAAGGGGUACGGUGUGAGGGACUUCUUCGACGGGCUAUGGAGAGGUCGGACGUGGAGGAGUUGGGAACUGAAGAAGGAUUGAAUGAACUUGAUGAGAGAAUUGUCGAAUCUCUCUUGAUUGGGGUGUGCGAUAGAGCGUAGCAAUGUGAGUAAGUCAGGCAUUCC